AUGGAACAAACAGCAGGGCGCUUGGUUUUGGCUUUCCUCCUGGUCGCAAUGGUCAAUGGUGCCACCAUCCAAAGCAUCACUUGGUGUGCAGUUACCGAGCUCGAAGAGCAGAAAUGUUUGGAUCUGGCCAGUAACAUGACGGGCCAGAGCUUCCGUGGGAAGCUGCAGUGUGUGCUGGGUCACAGUGCUACAGACUGCAUGCAGAAAAUUAAGAAUGGCACAGCCGACGCUGCCUCCAUGUUUCCUGAUGAGAUCUACACCGCUGGCGUUUGUUUCGGGUUAGACGUCGCAGCAGGAGAAUCACACAACGGAAUUGAUGGCAUUAAUUACUACGUGGUGGCGUUGGCACGCAGGUCCUCUGGCGACCUGUCCCUGCUGGAGAUGCACGAGCGCAGUUCAUGCCACCCUGGAAUCCGCACCACCGUGGGCUGGACGGUGCCGAUCGGCUUCCUGGUCAACACGUCACAGAUCAGCGUGGGCGAGCAGUGCAACUUCCCUCAUGCGGUGGGAGAUUUCUUCGGGUAUAGCUGUGUUCCAGGGGUAAAAGACAAGGAACAUGACCCCAAAGGAAACAAUCCCAGAAACCUUUGUGAGGCCUGCAUAGGUGAUGAGAACGAUCGGCACAUCUGCGCCAAUAAUCCUAGGGAACGGCACUACGGCGAAGCAGGAGCUCUCAGAUGCGUGGCAGAGAACCUCGGGGAUGUGGCCUUUGUGAAACACACCACUGUCUUUGACAACCUCAAUGGUAAGAACCAGGAAUCAUGGGCUCUAGACAUAGAGAUGGAGGACCUGAAGCUACUCUGCCCAGAUGGAACUGAAGCGCCUCCCUCUGAACACGAGCGAUGCCACCUGGCUCUGGUGCCCGCCAACGCUGUGGUGGUGCGCCUGGAGGAUAAAUGCCGCGUUUACAAGUUCCUGGAACGGCUUCAGAAUACAUUUACCAAUGCCACACAGGGCUUCUCACUCUUUAGCUCGAUGGGGUACGGACAGCCUGACGUCAUGUUCAGUGACUCGACCGUGAAGCUGAUGAGGGUGAUGGGAACUUACCGAUCAUGGCUGGGACACAGUUACACCACUAUGCUUCAGGCAUUCGAGUGUGAAGGUUUGUGCUGAUGGGAUUAAGACUUCUCUCUCUCACUCACUCUUUCUCUUUCUCACCCUCCACCUAUCCUUUCUUCUCUCAAAUAUUCCUAUCCCUCCACACUUUUGCCAAGUGCCUUCUCAUUCCCAAGCUUCAUGCUUUUCC